GAGUAUGUCAUGAAAAAUGCCACUAAUAAGUCUCAGUAUAGGCUAUAGCAUGAAACAUCUCAUAGAACGUCAAGCCAUGAAAAAUGCCAUUUAAAAAGUCAUGAUAUAAUAUGUUUUACAAAAUGCUAUUAAAAAGUCAUAGUGUAGUUUGCCAUGGAAAUGUGAACAAUAAUAGUUUUUUAAAAGUCAUAGUAUAAUAUGCCAAAUAUCAUAGAAUAGUAUUCCAUGAGAAUGGCACUUAAAAACAGUGAUAGUGUGGUAUGUCACCCCAAGCCCAGGUUAUAAUAUGUGAUCACGGCCCUGUCUUACUCACUUCAUUAAAUCAAUAUCGUGAUUUUUCCUUUUUGGUAUAACGGCUGUCAAAAUGAAUCAAAGUCUAAUAAUAUUUCUAAUAUUCACAAAGGUUAUUUUGUCCAAAACACAGCGAAGUGAACGCGCUGUGCUCUGUCAGAGGGGAGAUAACGAGACGGUAAUGCGCCGAGUUGUGGAAACAACCUGUGUAAUCCUUCAUCAUGUGACUCAUAGUAAUCACUUCAUAAUGAAGAGAGACGUCUGUGGUUCAGCAGGUGACACAGAGACAGAGGAGAAGAGCUGCUCAGUCCGCAGAACAGAACAACUGUCACCACAACAUCCUCCGGGCCCCACAGAGGUGAUCCUGCACAGCGGGAGACGAGGAGACAUCUGAGGAAGUGCUUUUGGAGGGGAGAGUGUUAAUAACCGUAGGAUGUCCGUUGUUGGCGCGCAGCCUUUCAUCAAACCAAUGCAGCCUGCGUCUUCUGUUUCGCCCGGUGUCCAGAGGAGACACACGCUCCCCGCGAGCGAAGUCCGACCGCUCAACACGCAGGAUGCCAUAAGCGUGUUUGAAAUCGAACGAGAAGCAUUUAUCUCAGUGUCAGGCGAGUGCCCUCUCCACCUGGACGAGGUGCGUCACUUCCUCACACUGUGUCCAGAGCUGUCCAUGGGCUGGUUCGAGGAGGGCCGGCUGGUGGCUUUUAUCAUCGGCUCUCUGUGGGACCAGGAAAGACUCACCACAGACGCGCUGACUCUCCACAAGCCCCGCGGCUCCACCGUCCACAUCCACGUCCUCGCCGUCCACCGCACCUUCAGGCAGCAGGGCAAAGGUCCCAUCCUGAUGUGGCGCUACCUGCAGUACCUCCGCUGCCUGCCCAACGUGCGCCGAGCGGUGCUCAUGUGCGAGGACUUCCUCGUUCCCUUCUACCGGAAGUCAGGCUUCAAGGUGCUGGGGCGCUGCUCCAUCACCGUGGCCAACCUGACCUUCAUGGAGAUGUGGUACCCCAUCAGCGGCCACGCCUACAUGCGGCGCAACAGCGAGGCGAUCCGUUUCCCUCAGCAUCCCUUGACUCUGCCACUGACAAAGACUGAUGAACAUGUUGAUGUAUGACGUGAUGGUGACGUGUGUCACUGAGAUACCUGCACAGGUUGUCUUUGAUUUAAAGUCAGUGUUGUUGUCUCUGUAGGAUUUUCAGUGGCUGCUUUCUCUGGUUUGUUGGACUUCAUCAUCCAAACUGAGUCUGAUGUGAAAUUCUCUUAUCAUGUACAAUAAAACCAAGAAUGUACUUUACUGCAAUGUGAUGUAUUAUAUGUAAUAAGUUGACUCUGUUAGACUCUAUUCCGUGGUGCAUUUGUGGUACACAUUUGGAGUCAUGGCUGCACAGUAAGCUGCUCCUGCUUAGCACCAUUCUGGCCUCACACAACAAUGGACUGACGUCAGCGGCCGAGCUUUAGCUGCUCAACUACAGCUCCUCCAGCUCUAUUAGGGGGCUUUAGCUACUGUAAACGUCGUGGGAUUUAGAAGGGGAUGCACUCAUCAGCUCAUCCACACUUUGUAUUGUGAUGUUUUUUUUAAAGGUUUGUGUCUGUUACAUAUCACACUUUCAAUAAA